UUUGAAGUUUUAUUAAAAAACAGCAGACAAAGUCAAAGACUAAAUCAAGAGGAGAACGAAGAAGAUGACGUUCGAAUCCGUUGAUGCCGAAGAUAACUCCGUCGCCCUGGAGCGCAGUUGUGUUGCUGCCUUGCGAGAAUUAAGGGUCUUGCGACAGAUAUGCGCAGAUGCUGGCCUAAAAACUAACGAACUGCAUAAAACGACAACUGGCGCUUCAUCUUCUGCGAAUUCGAAGACUGGUGGUGCUGCUUCGAAAAACAAGAAGUCGGGCACCUCAACGUCUGCUGAAGAAAAAUCUUCAUUUAUUACAACUGCAGACUCUUCCUCGACAACAACAUUUACACCUCUGUGUCUUGAGAGCUUCGAGAAGCAAAUUCUUGCGAACCGUCGAGAGCGAGCAAAUCAGCGGGAAGAGCUCUCUGUCGCAAAAGCCCUUCUGCUACUGCAGAACGUGAAAGUACCAGGUGCGCCGAAGGUGGGACAACAUGGUCUAUUUUCAGCAAAAAACGCAUCUUCAGUUCUUUCAUCUAGCGGAGGUGACACUGCCACGCUCAAGAAAACAAGCAGUAUUUCUAGCACAACAGGAGGAGGUGUUGCAGGAGGACUCCUACCUGGUGGGACGACUGACUCUUCCGACGGAGAACUGCAAUUUUCUAGGUCUCACCGUCUCACAUGUCUAGAAAUGUUACAAAAGGUGAAGCUUUUGCGACAGCAGUAUGCCUUACUGAGGUCAGAUGUGCUCUACAUGAAUCAUGAGAUGAAUUUGAGUCGACAAUGGAUCGUGAAGAAUCUGAAUGCGGCUGGGGCAUGUUGAAGAUGAUGUUGAGAUGUGUAUUCAAUCUACAUGUUUAAUAGAGAGACCUCACGAUGUUUAUGUGUUCCCUGCUUCAUUGUUGAAAAAAACGCAGGUGAAAACGCUUGAAAUGAAUGCGCCUGUUCACAUGAUUGAAAAACCAG